AGUUGAUGCACGAUAAGAGUGGUACGGAAGCGGACCGGAGAUCCUCCAAGAUGGGGAAGGUGGGGUUCCACAAAGUCCCAUCACGUGUCUAGUACAACAACUCCUCUGCUCUUAGCCACGAGUCAAACGAAUUGACAUAUGCCCCGGCGAUUCGAGCUUUUGUUUUCACUCGGGAGAUUCUGCAUCAGCAUCCCUGGAAGUACCCCCACCACAAGAAGCAUGGCUUCCCUACUCUGUUCAGCAUUAUGGGAACGCAACACCCUGGAAAAAGCACACAACUUUCUCACAACCUGGAAAUCCUUCCCUCUGGUACUGGAAAACUAUGUCUCCAAUACUUUUGCCUCUAGUUCUUACUUCGAAAACAUCCCAUCUUUCAACCCCCAGACCGGUCAACUCUACGCUCAUGUCCCACUCAGCACGCCCGCAGCCGUGGACAGCGCCGUCCUGGCUGCUGAAGCUGCUUUCAAAACCUGGAGUAAGACGACUCGAGCAGAACGAUCCAAGUAUUUGCAGAGGAUUGCCGCGUUGAUACAGGAGAAUCGGGAACUGUUUGCAGUAUGGGAGAGUAUUGACCAAGGCAAGACGUUGGAGCGAGCGAGGGUGGAGGUUGAUAGAGCGGUUUCCAAUUUCUCUUACUUUUCCACUUAUAUCUUGCACGAGGAAUCAUCAGUCAGGAUGAUUGAUGGUGUGGCAUUAACGUAUGAGCACCGAUCUCCGGCAGGGGUGUUUGCUCUGAUCUCUCCUUGGAACAUGCCUCUCUACCUCCUUACUUGGAAAAUUGCUCCAUGCCUUGCUUUUGGGUGUACAGCGGUAGCCAAACCAAGUGAAGUAACAAGCAUGACCGCACUCUUACUUGCGGAGGUAAUACGGCAAGCCGAACUCCCUAGCGGCGUUCUGAAUAUUGUCUUUGGCGAUGGAGCAACAACUGGAUCUGCGUUAGUGAAGCACGCCAAGGUGAAAGGAAUCUCCUUUACCGGCGGAACGGCAACAGGCAUUCAAAUCAGGAAAGAUGCCGCUGCGCAUAUCUACAAGCAUCUGUCUUUGGAACUUGGAGGCAAGAAUCCAACACUUGUCUUUGAUGAUGUUGAUUUGGAGAAAGCCGUCGCAACCGCCGCGAUGGCUGCAUUUGAAAAUCAGGGAGAGAUUUGCCUUUGUGGAUCAAGAAUAUAUGUUCAGUCAACGAUUUAUGAGACUUUUGUGAAGCAGUUUACAAGUUUUAUUUCAGAGAACUACAAACUCCGCUCGAAAGUCGGCGCAGUAGUUUCCUUGCAGCACUACCAGAAGAUCCGCUCCUAUUUGCUCCUCGCAGAGAAAGAAAGAGGAACCUUCCAACUGGGCUCAAUACCCGAAGAGUAUCCAAAAGCAGGAUACUGGAUCGAACCCACCAUUCUGACUGGAAUAGCAACAAACAGCAGGAUUAUGAGAGAAGAGAUUUUCGGUCCCGUAGUGGCAAUUGCACAGUUUGAAGGUGAAGAGGAGGCAAUUGAGUUAGCCAAUGAUAACCCGAAUGGGCUUGCGAGUGUACUGUUGACGAGAGAUGGGGCGAGGAUGAGAAGGGUGGGAGAAAGAAUUGAAGCGGGGCUGGUGUGGGUUAAUUGUUGGUUGGUUAGGGAGCUUGGGACACCGUUUGGAGGGAUGAAGAAUUCGGGGGUGGGAAAGGAGGGGGGCGCUUAUUCGAGGGAUGUGUUUACGAAUGUGAGGACGCUGCAUUUACCUUCGGUCUAGAGACAGAAUUCAUCAUCAAACCUGUUACCCAGGUUACGCCAAGAAGUUGAGCUGAGUCGAGCCAAAGUGAGUACUGAGCAGAGAACAGCAGCCAUUUCCCUCUUAUCUCGGAGCAAUCGACCGUCCCGUGACCAAAUCCAAAGCCCACCCAAUAACAAUCAACACUUUCUGUCUCCACGUCCGUGUCCAAAGGAAAUUCUUACUCCUCCACGCAAUCCAAGCCUGCGGGCCCGAGUAGUCCUUCUUCCCGCUCACAACGCCAUCAUUCUGCCCCAAAUAAGCCACAAUGGCCGCCUGCUGAU